UUGCGGUCACACUGCUUUGCGAGCGCAAAUGCAGAACUAAUCCCAAAAAAGAAAAAGCGAAAAACAAGUUGUGCAACGUGAAAACGUAUCAAUACAAUUAAUUAGUGUAUUCGUGUAUUGCCAUUAAGCAAAACGAAAACAAAACAUGACGGUAAACAAGCGGGACGCGAGUGCAACGCGUCCGCGAUGCUUUUUCGACAUAACACUCGGCGGUUUGAGCGUCGGUCGCAUCGUGUUCGAAUUAUUUAGCGAUGUUGCUCCCAAGACGGUGGAGAAUUUUCGUUCGCUGUGCACGGGUGAAAAGGGCAACGGACUUGUCACCGGCAAGCGGCUCCACUAUAAAGGUGUCAUAUUCCAUCGUGUGGUCAAGGAUUUUAUGGUGCAGGCGGGUGAUUUUAGUGCUGGCAACGGAACCGGCGGCGAAUCAAUUUAUGGCGGCACAUUCGAGGACGAAUGCUUUGAUAAAAAGCACGAUCGCCCCUUUCUGCUGUCCAUGGCGAAUCGCGGUAAAAACACGAAUGGCUCGCAGUUCUUUAUUACAACACAGCCUGCGCCACACUUGGACAACAUUCAUGUUGUAUUCGGUCAAGUUUUGUCCGGUCAGGAUUUGGUGCGUCAAUUAGAGGAUCUGCCCAUUGAUCGCAACUCACGCCCGCUGCAGGAUGCAGCUAUCUCCAAUUGUGGAGAGCUGGUGAAGCAAUCAAAGGCCAAGAAAGAAAAGAAACGCCGCAAGCGUUCCACGGCCACAGAGGAAUCUGACAGCGAGCAGGAGGAAGUUCAGGCCAAGAUUAAGGAGAAAUCCAAGAAGAAGCGCUCACGCAAACACUCCAAAUCCAGCGACAGUGAAAACAGCGACUCUGGACGUGUAGCUCAACGAGGCAAUGGAAAGCAGGACAAUGAUGAGAAUGAUAGUGAGGAAGAAGGUGAAAUACAUCCACUGGUCACAUUAACCAAAAUCGAUCCAAGCGAGAUACCAGAGGUUUCCAACAAAUUCCUAAUGCGCGGCGAGAAAUCGCGUUCCCGGGAACGAGAGCGAGACGUGUCACGUGAGGCACGACAACGAGAACGCGAUCGUGAUCGGGAACGUGAACGAGAUGAGCGCGACAGAGGUAGAGAUCGCAAUCGCAAUGCAUUUGGCUGGUCAAAGAAGCAGGUGCCAACCUCACGCAGCGGUCGCAUUGUCAAGGGACGCGGCGUCUUUCGUUUCCGGACGCCGUCGCGCAGCCGCUCAAAGAGCAUCACGCCGCCGCAUUGGAAGCAUGCGCAGAAGCGCACCAUUAAACUGUCCGAUUUGGAGCGUAUGGAGGAGGAGAAUAAGCUGCGCGAUGAGGAGGUUAAGCGACGUGAACUCGAGCGCAAGAAGCGACACGAGGAGGCCACUAAGGAUCCCAAGAAAUCAUUCUUUGAGCUAUCGCACGCCAGCACCUAUGGCGGCAAGGUAACGCCCGAGAGAAAACCGCAGAGCAGCAGCAGCAAUGCGGGUCGCAAACGCAGCGAAUCCCACUCACAAAAGGAUGCGGAACGCGUCAAGCCAAAGGACACACAUGACAAGGCGGAACGUGAGAAGGAAAAGCCCAAGGAGGAGGCGCCACCAAAGCGACGCAAAUCCGUGGACAUGAAUGCUUUAGAUUAUGAGCAGCAGACGGACAGUGAACCGGAGCCGGAGCCAAGCAAACCCGUGCAGAAACCCGAGUCCAAGCCGGCAGCCAAGGAGCCAGAGCGCCCAAAAGCAGCCGAACCAAAGCGGGAGGAGAAGAACAGAGAACGCGAACGCUCGAAGCGCAGUCGAGAACGCUCCAACUCACGGAAUCGCCAGCGAAGUCGCUCCCGCUCUGCGCAACGUCGUCGAUCGCCUGCCAGACGUCAGCAACGUUCGCCAGCUCGACGACAGGGCAACAACAAUGGCAAUGCCAAUCAGAACGCUAACCAGGCGCAGGGCAAUCGCAACCGGCGCAAUCCGUUCGCCGAUCGCGAUCGCCGCCAGCGUUCGCCGGACAACGAGUAUCGCAAUCGUUUCCCUUUGUCGCCCAUAAGGCAACGCAGCUCGCCUGCUGAACGUCGUCGUGGCUCUCGGGACCGUCAGCGACGUUCGCGCAGUCGCGGUCGGCGUCAAGAGUCGCCAGAGAGACGACGCGAGUCGCCCAAGCGCAAGCGACAGGAUUCAGGUGACCGUAAGCGACAAGAUUCAGGUGAUCGCAAGCGACAGGAUUCAGCGGAUCGCAAGCGACAAGAAUCCCCCGAUCGCAAGCGCCGCGACUCGCCCAGCCGCAAGCGACGUGAAUCUCCAGAACGCAAGCGACGCGAGUCGCCAGAUCGGAAGCGGCGCUCUUCACCGGAUCGUCGACGUAGUCGCAGUCAUGGACGUAGACACAGCAGCAACUCACGUAGUCCGAGUCGGCGCAGUCCACGUCGCAGUCAUCGCUCCCAGGACCGCAGUCCGGGCAAAAUAACAUCGGCUGUAUGCGCUAGCGAGUUUGAGGAUAAGGAUAAAGCGGCCCGCGAGAAGAUGCAGAAGCGAGCGGAGGCUGCGCUGCUGAUGAAGGAGCAUAUGCGCAAGGAGAUUGCUAAGGUGGAGGAGCAACGGUUGGAGAAGCAGCGACAGGAUGAGCUGGAAAAGGAGCGCACCACACGCGAGCUAAAUGAGCUGGAGCGUUUGAAGGCGGAGACCCUCAAGAAGCUGCACGAAGAGGAGGAACGUGAUCAUCCUGCAGCGGCGGCGGCGUCGUCGGAGGCAUCGAAUAGUCGCAAUCGACGCGACAGUCGUGGCAGCAGUCAUGAGGCCAAAAAAGCGCAAGCAUAAAAAGUCAAAGAAACAAUCGACACGCUCGCCACGCUCGGACACGGAUUAGUUUCCUAGAAAUCCAAUUAGAAACACAAAAAAAAACAA